GGUUCCCUUCCACCCCAAACCAUUAUAUGAUUCUAUGGUAAGUUCCUCCAGACUUUGGGCAAUCUAUAAUGGACUUUGGUGAAAUCAGCUUUGGGCCCUUAGAUGCCUUAAAUUGCAAUGAAGCUUUGUGCCGAGACUGCCCGUCUUCCUGACUACUGGGCGGGGUUUCUCCGUGAUUUUGCAGCUUCAGGUCUCCACCAAUGCAGGGGAAACACAAUUUCUCUGUGGCCUAGGAGUAGCAAAAGGUUAAAUCGGUGAAAUCGAGCGGCCACCAGACUGAGGACAGACACACGAACAGGAGCGUGCAGAAAUGUUUCCCUUCGAAAAUAAAGGACUAAUACUGGGCAUAAUGGCAGGGACUGCUGGAUUAAGCAGCCUGGUGCUGGUUUGGUACCACAAGAUCCGAAAGCCUGCUGCAGCUGUGCGUAUUCGUGCCUUCCAGGAUAUAGGUAACAGAAUUAAUUCUGUGGGCUUGCCAAAUGAGGUUCCUAAUGAGCAAGGAGCAGUAAUGGUUUUACAUGGAAGGCAACUGCAGAUACUGGAAAAAUUGAAUGGCCUGCUACUAAGCGUGGACGAACUGAAGAGAGAGGUGGAAUUUCUGAAAGAAGCUAUUCCAAAACUUGAAGAGCUUGUUCGAAAUGAGCUUCAAGGAAAGGGUGAUGUUCAGAGAGUUAGCCCAUCACACAGAGCAAUAAGGCGGAGAAAAGCAGAGACAGCUCCUAGUGCAAGAGAAACUACCAGCUCAGAGGAGGCAGAAAGUGAAGGAGGUUACCUUACCGCUCAUACUGAUUCUGAAGGAGACUCUGAGGAAGAAAAGAGAUGUAUGAAAUCACCUGAUGCCGUGGUAAAAUCAGAAGAAGAUGAAGACUUACUUAAUUUUUUACAGCAGGUGGACAACUUGCACAAGGGUUCAGAAGAUGAUAAAAAGGAGGGCUUCAGACUGCUGCUUGAGAAAGAUGACAAGUAUGAAAACUCUGUGGACUUUCUUUGGAGGCUUGCACGUGCUUAUGGGGAUCUGUUUGAGAUGACUACGGAUGCUGAGGAGAAGAGGAAAUAUGUAACUGAUGGAAAGAUUAAAGCUGAAAAGGCUGUUCAGCUGGAUGCUGGGAGUGCUGAGAGCCACCAGUGGUUUGCAAUUAUGUGUGGCUAUAUGUCUCAGUUUGAAAGUAUACAAAACAAAAUCAGGAAUGGUUAUCUCUUUAAGGAACACCUAGACAAGGCAAUUGAACUUAAGCCUCAAGAUCCCUUUUUAUAUUACCUAAAUGGAAGAUGGUGCUAUUCAGUAGCUCAGUUGUCUUGGCUUGAAAAGAAAGUAGCUGCUGCUCUCUUUGGGACUCCACCAACUUCAACAGUAGAAGAAGCAUUGCAGAAUUUCCUUAAGGCAGAAGAAAUGCAUCCAGGAUAUUCCAAAUGCAAUUACGUGUAUUUGGCAAAGUGCUAUAAAGAUCUUGGCCAGAAAAACAAUGCACUGAAGUGCUGUGAUUCUGCACUGUCAAUUCUCUCAGUUACUAAUGAGGAUAAAGAGGCCCAGAAAGACUUAGAGGCCUUACUUCUUACACUGAAGCUCUGAUACUACGUACUUCUAACUCUUCAUGCUGUAAUAAAAUUGUAAAACUAAAAUGAGACUGGAAACUGCGGGUAAAUUUCAGCAAGGUCAAUGGAAAAACAGUAAUUGAUUUUGGUUGGCUUUGAUCAUGGCCUUUAAGUGUCUGGCAAUUAUGGUAUUAAAAUAAUACAUUCAAUUUUGAUUA